AACCUAUAAGUCCGACUUCUACAUAAAAAUAAGCUCAUUUCAAAAUCACUUUUGCAAUGAAGUUGUUGAAGGGUUUACUUUUUGCACUUUGGGGUAUCCAACUGUGCAGUCCCAAUCCAACCUAUUUUCAUGGCUCGGAUGAGGUAAACCUGGAUCAACUUUUCGGAUUUAUUGGUAAUGUCGUCCACGAAAGCAUAAAGCUCCACAGAGGUCAUCAACAGCAAAGUGAUAUUGGGAAUUAUGGCGGCGAGCCUUAUGUUGGGGGUCAAUAUGGAGGAGGUCAAGAAAAUGGCAGACCCAGUGUUGGGGUUUCCAAAUAUGAAAUCAUAGACUUGAAUAUCAAACCAAAUAUUAAAUAAAAAUAAUAUAAUAAUAAAAUAUAA